AUGGGUCGUGGCCGAGAGGGCAUUCUUCCUCGGAAAGAACAAUCAGUGCCGAGCUUCUUAGUCGUAGUGAUCAUUAAGAAAAAAACAUUUCUAGCCCUUAGCCACGAGGCCGUCGUUCAGGACUGCACUCCUCAGGAACUGAGCAACUAUAAGACGGUCAACUGUGAAGACGUCAUGCAGAAAUGGAUAUGCCUCUUUACUGCGGCACUAAACAGUCCGUUUGUUGAAGCGGAGCUACACUUCAGAGCUUUACGCCUAAUCCGAUUAUGA